ACGAAGAGGGAGAUGGGGUGGCAGGGAGGGGAGCCCUGCAGAGUGGUUUGACGUUCCCGUGGAUGGGGUGAGCCACCUGCAGUGGUUGCCAGAGGGGCAGGUGCUCCUGGCUGGCUGUGCUGCCUUAGCACCCCUGCCCCAGGGUUGUGGCCUUAGAAGUGCAGUGUAGCCCUAUGCCGACGUGUUGCAGCCUGAAAUAAGGUACUGAGUGGCCAAAAAAAGUUGGUUCCCUGAUACGUCCACCACCCUAAAACUGGUCACAACUCUGCCUGGGUUUGUGUGAGGAGAAUGCCUCCGCAGGCAUACCUUGUCUGUAGGGAGCCUGACAGCAGUGCCAGCUUUGGCUUAGCUACCAUACGGUGAGCCUACAUGGGACUCCAUUUCCUGUUACCCACUCAGAACUUGGGCUUAGGUUCAGCUAAACAAACAGGAGCUACCCACACUUAGACACUGAGCUUGCUGCACACAAACCAUCCCAGACUGACAAAGCAUGUAGAACUCAGUGCUGAAAUGAGACAUAUUUGAUCCCUCAAGGAGUUUUUUUCCCGUUUUCAGAGGUUGGAGUUGGGGCCUCUUCAUCCUCCAUCACAUCAUUACCAAAAGCAGCGGAAGAUCACUCCCAUGCUAGGCCAUGAACACUGUCUUCUCCUCCCCAUCUGACAGUGGUGAUGAGAGUAAUCUGGAAUUAACAUCACAAUGGAUAAAACAUGCUUGGCUCUUCCUGUCCAUAUGAGGAGGAAUUGCUAGUUGGGAUAUGACAUCCCCUCAGAGGUCUGCUGCUGUCUUCUGAGGCCCAGGACUCCAGGGCACCAUCAGAAGAGAAAUGUUCACAGAAACUUUUCUUGUGUAGUAGAUGAAUAAGAGGAUGGAGGAAUAAUACAAACAGCAGUGAUACAGUUGCCAGCAAGAAGCUGGCUCUCAAAAUUUUUGACCCAGGACUUUGUAAGCCUCUUGAAGUUCUGCUACACACAUCUAUCUUGUAGCUGCUUCUGGUGAAUAUGUCUAUGAAAUACUUAAAAUGGAGUUUUUUGGCACUCUCUAUGCUUUCUGUCAUAAUAAUGACAUGGUACAUGACACUUCCUUCGCAUACUGUGAUAGAGCAUACAAACUGGAUGUAUUUCUAUGAAUAUGAGCCAGUUUACAAGCAGAAAUUCCUCUUCACGCUGCGGGAGCGUUUGAAAUGCAAAGAUACAAAUCCGUUUCUGGUCAUCUUGGUGUCUUCACAACCUAUGGAUAUAGAGGCAAGGCAGGCCAUUAGAGUAACAUGGGGUUCUAAAAAAUCCUGGGGGGACCGUCAGAUUCUAGUACUGUUCUUAUUAGGGCAAGGAGCUGAAAGAGAAGACAGCUUAGAUGCAUUAUCGAUAGAAGAUGAGAGCAUUCUGUAUGGUGACAUAAUUCGCCAAGAUUUUAUGGAUACUUAUAACAAUCUUACCUUGAAAACAAUCAUGGCAUUCAGAUGGGUGUCUGAGUUUUGUUCAAAUACUAAAUACAUUAUGAAGACUGAUUCUGAUGUUUUCAUCAACCCUGGCAACUUAGUAACGUUUCUUCAAAAUAUAAAUUCUUCAGAGAGUUUUUUUACUGGUUACCCUCUAAUUGAUAACUUUUCCUACAGAGGGUUUUACAGAAAAACAUAUAUUUCUUAUGAUGAAUAUCCAUUUAAGGUAUAUCCUCCAUACUGUAGUGGAAUGGGGUAUAUACUUGAUGGAAAACUGGCUCUGAAGAUUUAUGAAAUGAUGAGCCAUAUCAAACCUAUUAAAUUUGAAGAUGUUUAUGUUGGAAUUUGCUUAAAUAUGCUAAAUGUGAACAUCCAUAUUCUAGAAGAUACACAACUCUUCUUUUUAUACAAAAUUAACUUUAACAUCUGUAAAUAUAGACACUUGAUUGCAGUACAUGGUAUCACUUCAAGUGAAUUGAUGAGAUUUUGGCAGGAUUUAUUGACAGACACUUCACUCAUUUGCUAAUGAUCCCAUGUUAAUAUAGGUCUGUCAAAAGCUGACUGUUUUGUCCUGGCCUCUUGGUUUGAAUUGCACUGUAGAAAGUAUGUAAAUUGAGUUUUGUAGAACAAGGAAAUGGGGUUUUAGAAAGGAUCACUCAGGCUUAGGGGACUACCCUGAUUACGAGGCACAAUUAAAACAGCAGAAUAUCUCUAGAGGGUUUUCAGUAUGGUGUUUUUAAAUUGAGAAUGAGACUUCGUUGCACCUUUUUUAUUCCAGAAUUAUUUAGAUUAUAUGGUAACAGUACUCUGCUCACUCCACCCAUCUGGUUCAUUUCUGAACAGUCUGCUGCAAGUAUGGGGUCAUCCUGCCUGAGUUUCCUGCCACCUCCCCAGGAAUCUGUUGUCUUAUGGAACCGCAGGAGCAGCACCCCUUUUUUCUCAAAGAACUGUCCCACAAACCUAGAUCCUGGGGCAAAGUGCUAUCUGUUUUCCUUCAGAUGGGUACCCCGCCUACUCUAGGGAAUGUCUCAUCCUGGGCCCCCAUCAACACAUGAACUCCUCCUCUGCACUGCAUGAUGCUCAAAGUUGCUUGCUUAGUCAACCCUAAUGAUUCCUUUAGAAAUAUUGUGCCAAGAUUUUCAAAAUUAGCUGUUUAAUUUUAGGCUCCUAUGUUUUCACUGAAAUCAGCAGAAUUUCUAGAUACUCAGCACUUCAGAAAAUCUGGCUGCUUUUUUAGGUGCCUAUAUAUAUAUUUUAUAGAAUUGCCUUAAUGGCUUCAGAAAGCUGCAUUAUUUUAGUGGUAACAGUGUUCUCAGUAUAUUAAGAUAGAGGGCCAGAUCUACAGCAGUGUAACUUAGUUCAAAUAAACUUACUUUCAAGUUACUAUGCAAAAUAGGACAGCAAAAUUUAUGCACUAAUAGGCUCAUCUCCACACCUGCCAGAAUCCAGGCAGGGAAAAUAAGCAAUGAGAUUUGCUGUGAAACUUGUCAGUUGAAAUGGCUUUCAAAUGCUGAGAUCAACUUUCAUUUGCAAAAUGAACUGUUUGGUUCAGAGUUUAAAAUAAAAAUUUGGAAAUAUUUCUAGACAUUUUUCUAACAGGAAUCUUAACACAAGAAAACAAAUGAUUUUUUUUAUGUAAAGACGGGUAUUUUAUUGUCUUAGUCAUAUCAGCAAGGCCAUGUUUCCAGUAGUUUAUGCUUCUGGUAGACAAUACAGAAUCUGCAAGUGCAUUAACACAUUUAUUAUUCUUGACACAUCUAAAAUCUAUCACAUACCAAAGAUACAACAGUGACAUCCUGUACAUCUAGAAUGACAGAGCACUGCCACUUUACUUCUACUCAUACUGUAGCUAAUGAUAGGAUAUUUACAUUUAAUUUGUCUUUUAAAUUGUCUCUUAGAGACAAAUGUAGAAUAGGUAUAAAAUAACUCCACUACUAGUACCAAGAAUGAGGUUUCAUCAAUAUUUUUUAAUGUGUACUAUGAUCAAUGUUGAAUUUUGAUAACUUUGUAUAACCAUACAUGAUAUCUUACAGGUUAAUUUAAGACUAAGAUUACACUUUAGUAUUUAGGGGAGAAAAUUGUGUUCACCACCACAAACUGUAGACCCCAGUAUUUUGAAUUUUGUUCUAGAAGGGUGCUCACUGUGAUUCAAUUCAAGGUUGUGUGUUUUAUUUUUUUAAACUAGCUUGUAUAGUUUAAUGAAAUUCUAAAGAUAGGUAAUGUCUUCUUUAAAUAUGGUAGGGAGGAAGUGCUAUUCUAAUUUUAGAACUAGAAAUUACUGCAAAACUGCAACAACUAAACUUCUGGGAUCCACUUAUGAUUUGAUAUGAGUUUUACUAUAGUUGGGAGUUUUACUAUAGUUGGGUGGGAAGGAACAUGCUCAACUUGUAUAUAUCAUCUUGUCCAAUGACUGGGCAUACAUUGAAAAAUUCUCACUUACAAAAACAGCUUAUUAUUUUAAACCUACCAUGACACGAACGUUUAUUUAAUAGUGAGUGUUUGCCCCAUGAAUGCUGAUAUUCAGUGUAGUUGGACAGUGGUUAAUAUUGCUUUUUAAAAGAAUACUUUAGGUGGAAUCACAAAAGACUUCAGUCUUCAAAAAGCUGAUGCAAGGCAGAUGGCUGCAGCUGCAAAAAUAGGUAUGACAAUAAGAGAAAAGUAAGUAACUUUCUCCAAGCAAGAUACUUUUGUGCCUGACAGGGUUCACUGAUCAGCGAUUGCACAGCUUUUGCCUUCAGAAAUGUAGAUUUAUACACAGUUUAUUCAACAUGAAAUUGUAACUUAGUUACAAAACUGAUGAUUUAAUUUGAAACAGCCUCUUAGUAACUUAGACAUUUUUCUUGCUUCUCCCGUUUCUAAACAGAUUUGAACGUAUUUAUUACUAGAAGCAUAAAAUGUGUAAUACUGCUUGUCAUGUUAUUUCAACGGAAAUGUUGGCUAUUUUUAAAAACAAACCUGAUUAUAAAAGAGGGGAGUUUAAAAUAAUCGUAUGAAUUUACACCAUCAGUCAAUUUUAAUGUAGGACCCAAACAACUCUGUCCCCUUAACAUCUUCUGAUAGAAAUGAAGUGUAAACUUCAGCCUAAGAUUUCUUAUGACCCUGUUUAUGAACUUACUGGCCUUGCAAAUGACGCAGAUGAAGCAGGUCAAACAUCCUUUAGGACCAUACAUAUUCUCACAGAGGUGGUGUGCACAAAAAUGCAUCAAACAAUGUUUAGUAUUUAUAGUUUUAUUCUAGUGUAUUGAAAAUAGCAUUCACAAUGUAAAAUUACCACUGUAUCUAUCACCUGUAUAUUCUUCCAGUAGAGUUUGCAGAUUUAAGUGUUUAGACAUUUUACUGGGAUUCAUUGACUGCGUACCUUCAAAUACAAAUAGUAAAUACUUAAACUGACUAGGUGCAUUGCAGGAUGAACCAUUUUAAUGAAGACCACAGACUGCAUAUAUUCUUUGCCUGUACCCAGUUUUGGCAUUGUUUUAUGUCUGCUAUUAGUACAGUACUAAAGAAAAUGUACAGUAGAUUUACAGAAAAUUGUAUUAAAUCACCUGUUUCAUUUA